AUGCAGACGCCAUCUUUCUCGCGACAUGCACGCACCCUCAGCCCCCCGCUAUCAAAUGCCGGCUCCUCCCACGCAUUUACCAUCGGCCCUACAACUCCGGGACAGCAGCAGAAGAUCAAUGUAACACGACUUGCGAUCGAAGGGAAGGUGAAAGACGGUUUUCACGAUGCUAGGAUCCGCAUGUAUCUCAAGAUUUCCCUCCCUGCAGAGAACCUCACUCCGGAGUCUGCAAUCCCAUUGUUCCCUGAGGAAAAUCUAAAGAUUCUUAACUCACAAGUGCACCCGCUGGACUCGAACUCAGCACCGUACGACUUCACCUCCUCUACUUCCCCGCUGCUGCACAAUGCUGCUCGAGCACUCGGACUCCCUCGUCGUACACAGGAAUCCUACCUAUCGUUGUUCGGUCAUCAGUCUUCCUCACGAAUCCCUCAUUUGAUGUCGCCGGCCAUGAGCCGCGCAUCGUCUUCGUCAAGCGCUUCGGGAGUUAAUUCAGCUCCUUUAGACGAUAGAUACACCGGUAUCGUCACGGUCAUUGGGUAUUAUGUAACCUAUGUCCUGCCAAAGGAGUUUCCCCCGCGGUACCUGAACGGUUACGAAGCGGAGUACUCUGGCAGAAGCACACCUUCUUCUCGGCCCCGCGCGUCUGUUGGGGAACGGAACAUCGUCCAGUUCAUGGCAGCAAUCGACAUGGCCGUGCCUUUGACAACGAGACCCCCAAGAGCCCCGUACAUGCUUUCUGUACCAACUCCUCGUUGCCUCUCGAAUCAUAUUCGACUCCGCCUGUUUCUCCCAGAACCGUCCCGGUCCACAGCGUCCUCUUUCGCGUCCUUAUCCUCUGCCGAAGAGUCGGAGCCUGCUUCAUGGGACCUCCAUGUUGAACCGCAUGUCACACGCUCCACAUCCUCGCAUCAUUCUCGCUCGCAGUCCUCCAAUUACAGCGAGCGCUACGCAGUUGGACAGUUAUCUGACGACGAAAGCAGCGAAUCAAGCAGCACAGUUGGCUUUAGUGACGGAUGCGGUAUACAAGGAACCUUCCCAAGUGCGGAAAGGAUUCGCAUCCGGUGGGCGAAGCCGAUUAUGGGCGUGAACGGCUCCGAUGAGAUGCGACGCGUCGGCGUGACGGAGGCCAAGGGAGAGAUGAUCGCCUCGGUCCUUGGGAGGGCGCGGACUGAAGAAGGAGACGAAGGCGUAGCGAUGCGGAUUGAUUACAGAGGGACAUGCUCUGGGGUAUGGUUUCCCGGCGCUGCCACAAAGCUGGGCCUGGAUGUGGGGCUUGAGAGCCAGGGAUGCGAUGUGCGCUGGCUUCCGGGUUCUCCACCAGGUUGGGAAGUCAGUGGAAGCCAAGGAUUUAUAGACUGGAACGCGGGUUCGUCACAAGGGAGCCAUACGCAGUCGCUUGAGCCUCCCGAGAUCGCUGUUUCGACCAGGACACCGAAUGGCCACGCGCAACCAACGGAUUCUAUGCUCAGGCAUAACGGUUCUGGCUCUGUCAGCUCCCUGCUCCGAGCGCCGCUGCCGGCGCAUAAUGUACCUGACUAUUCCUUUGAGGGCUCACCGGCCUCAAGCCCGAGUGGGACGGUCUCAUCGCUGAGCGCACCUGCAAGUGCGUACUUCGACGGCAAGAACCGUGCUGCAAUGCCAAACGGUGUAUCCGGUGGGCAGACCACGAAAAAUGCCCAACCUGGCAUGCCAUUAACAAUCCAACUGAACAUCAACCACCUUAUGCCUCCUGCUAAGAACCUCUUUUCAUUCAGCAUCUCCGGCACGCUCCUCGUCAUACCGCAAUCCGACAUCUCCCAUUCACGCUCCUCGUCAAGGCUGGGUGACUUUGCAUCCGACAUCGUCGCAAUCCCUCGUUUACGCGUGCUCGUCGCUGAAAAGGAGUCGGUCUCUACCGUCGUUCGAAACGAGAUCCGGGACUCGACGGUGGAGAUUUACAACGCGAAGGGCGACGUACGUGACGCUCAGACUCGCAAGACUGUGGUACAACCUGGGUCCGAAGGGCGCUGCGGGUCUAGCGGUGGACGUGUCACAAUUAAGAGCUUCGCAAAGGCAGUCAAAGACGAGGAGAGAAACACGGAAACCGACAAGUUCCGAUCUGUGAAACGCUCUCAGGUGCACGAUGGUCACACUCGCAGCCGAGUCAACUCCACGGCCUCCGCCAAGGACAGCAAGGUGGCCGAAUCGCUGAAACUGAGACGGCGCAGGGACGGCCCCCUGAUUAUUACACGCGUUCACGCUACGAUUACACCUUUGCUGGCGCCUAACGUCGAAAAGACUGGCAGAUCGGGUGCGGACGUGCCGGAUUCGUAUGCUGUCAGCUUGACGCUUCCCGCACCCGCAGACGCGGACACGGAAUGGCUCGAAUUCGGGCUUGCUCAGUCAGGCUUUGCUGCUCCCGCUGCAGAACCUUCUAGCGGCGGGAAGCCGCCCACGGCAGACGACGGGCGUCCUCCACGACCAGAGCUUAUCUGCGUCAGCGUUGGCGGGGUACCGGUGAGGUACGAGAACACGGUGGCGGUUCCACGAGACAAUGAUCAGGGUGACGUGCCUGCCCUGGGAGAGGGUGGGAAGAAGUGGCUCAGCUGGGUCAGGGUGCAUGUCGGCGUCGCAAGCGGGGAGGAUGUAAGGGUGGUUUACCAGGUCAAAGUCGGCGUCGGCCCCGAGAAUUGCGAUGGCAAGUCGAGGAACAAGCAGAGCACGAGGUUACCGGCGACGUGGGGGGUGUUUCUGCCAUGCUUUGCUCUACCAGUGGGUGAGCUGCUGGUUGACAUCGAGACCCCGACUGGCCUCGUAAUCACAUCACUACGCUCGAAUCUCGCUCACGAGCAGGUCCGCUUCGGGGCUUACGGCACGGAGUGCCACCGUUUGCGACAUUAUGCCUCGGAUAUGCUUUUCCUGCCAUCUAUCGCUAUGACGCUCGACGUCCCUGCCUCGAAGACGGCGCCGAGCCGACGGCUUCGUCGACAUGCCGCGAACGCUAUGCCGUUCUUGACAUGGACUGCUCACAUGCUCCUCCUUGCUCUCGUGCUCGUAGGCGUGCACAACCUUGCCAAGGAGAUCCAGCGUCGCGGGAACGAGCUGUCAUACCCCCGUGAUGGUAUGGCUCCGACGUGCGCAACGAACGCCGAUACCUUCACGAUUACAGCUACGACGACCGCCACCCUUACCGUCCACGCGAUGCCGAGCGCUGAGCCAUCGUCUAGGAAGAGCACCCCAAAGGAACCCAGCGCGUCCGAACGCAGGUCCACCACCCUGCCUUCACCUGAGGUUACCAUAUGGCCUGAUCCUAUGCCGGAGCAGACGCCUGUCGUGGUCACGCCGGACUCGACGGCAUUCCACCGCGUUAAGCCCGAAGCAACUGCGAUGGAUCACCGCGGCUCCUUGCUGCCGACAUAUGCCAUGCCUUUCACUUGGCCCCUGCAAUUUGACUUUGAUAUCACAGUUCCGCGUAUAGCCAGGCAAACCGCGCAUUCUCUCGUGCAUCAGGUGCACAAAUUAUGGCAAGUCAUGCGAACAAUCUAUCAUUAUCCCCUCCCUCCAACAUAA